CGGCAAUCACUAAUGAUUGUUAUAUUCUGUGCUCGUCGUCAGAUUUCUGCGAUUUCAUACUUUUAUAGUAUUGAAGUAUUCCACUGUAUAGUUGAUAGUUGGUGCUUUGAACCCGUGACACUAUCAUGGAAUACUGUUCGGCGAUACCGCGGAUUUGGCAUUCGGAUCGCGACUAUGACUCAUGAUUACAACAGCGGUCGGCGAUUACCGUGCGCGAUUCAGAUCGGAUUAGUUGGCAAAAAUGGAUUACGGACGGAAAACACGUCAACGAAAAUCUGUCGUAUGACGUCGUACGUGCGAGCCGCGGCCACAGCGUGCGAUUAACCGGCGCCCGCGACAUCACCGGUAGUAUAGUAUGGCCCGUGUCGCUGAUCGCCCAGCAUCCGCCUGACCAACCGACACCGCCGUGAGCUGCGUAUCGUUGCAUCGUAUGUUGGCCGGCGGCUACGACAUGGCUUGGCCGCUGCUCGUCCUGCUCCUGUGCGCCAACGCGCUGCUGUGCCGGUGCCUGGACAAGGAGGACGUGAUUUUCGCCGUCAACGCCGGUGGGGACGCACACGUCGACAGCUACGGCAUUCUAUACCAAAGGGACUUCAACCGGGUAGGCACGGAAUCGGACUAUGGCAAGAAGCUGUCCAUACAGCGGGUCAAACCGCACGAUCAGAUCUUGUACCAGACCGAGAGGUAUUCACAAACCACAUUCGGUUAUGACAUACCCGUCAUGCAAGACGGCGACUAUGUGAUGGUGCUCAAGUUCAGCGAGGUGUACUUCACCAACAGUGGCUUAAAGGUGUUUGAUGUCGUGUUGAACGGACAACACGUAGUUGUACCGCUGUUGGAUAUCUACGACAAAGUCGGAUUUGGUUCUGCUCACGACGAGUAUAUUGAAUUCACGGUUGAUGGCACAACAUUAUAUUGGAGAGGAGAGAUAUCUGAAAUCAAAGGAAAUCUCGUUCGAGUGGAUUUUAUAAAAGGUGAAAGAGAUAACCCUAAAGUAAAUGCAGUUCUUGUAGCCAAAGGCAGGAUUUCAGAUAUACCUAGACUACCAGAUUUAUACUCUGAUAUUGAACCACAACCACAAGAUGAGAUAGAUGUGGAAGAAGAUCCAUCUGUUACUGACAAAGAUCCUGUAAAAAUGGUACAACACACUAGAAAUCCAAGUGGACCUAGAGCACCUGAUCCGCAAGAUGUAAAUUCCAUGAAGUUAAUGCCAAUAUUUGGAGCUCUGAUUGCUUUUUUUGGAGCACUUCUUCUACUUUGCAGACUAUGAAGAGAUAAUAAAUAUAUAUUUUUACUA